GUGUAAACAUUCACCUACGGAGCAGAGCUGUGUCCAUAGCCUCAGGGUUGACAGGAGCUCACGAAUUUAAUUAAAUUAUUAAUACACGUGAGCAGGGAGGGUGGGGGGCUGUCCCAGUGGUUUCCGUCACAUUAGUACUAUUUAUAUUUAAAGGAGCAGCUGUUCCCCGCUGUCAUUGUUAGGAGGACCGAGGCGAAGCAGCUGAAGCGGGGCUCGUCCUACCACCAUGGCAGCGGCGACUGUUGCGGAGGCCGAGGCGGCGGCGAGCGACGGAGGAGCGGCUUUUUCCGACGUCCAGAGUAGAGGCUGGGAUAUUUCCCAGCUCCGAAAAUACCCUUUCCCAACCAAGCCCAUUCCCCGGCUGUCCUACACGGAUCCCAGGGCAGAGAUGCUCAUAAACAACGAGGAACCGGUGGUUUUGACAGACACAAACCUCGUAUAUCCAGCUCUGAAAUGGGAUAUCCCAUACCUCCAGGAGAACAUUGGAAAUGGAGACUUCUCUGUUUACAUUUCGGAAAACCACAAAUUCCUUUACUAUGAUGAGAAGAAAAUGUGCAACUUUACAGACUUUGUUCCCAAAUCCCGUCGAGUGGAAAUGAAAUUCUCAGAGUUUGUGGAUAGCAUGCAUAAAAGAGAAGAGGAAGGAGGAAAUGAGAGAGUCUAUUUGCAGCAAACACUAAAUGACACAGUAGGAAAGAAGAUUGUUGUCGAUUUUCUUGGUUUCAAUUGGAACUGGAUCAACAAACAGCAAGCCAAGAGAAACUGGGGAGCACUGACGUCCAACCUGCUGCUUGUUGGCAUGGAGGGCAACGUGACACCAGCACAUUAUGACGAGCAGCAGAACUUCUUUGCACAGAUAAAAGGCCACAAGAGAUGCAUCCUCUUCCCUCCAGACCAGUUUGAGUGUCUCUAUCCCUACCCAGUUCAUCACCCCUGUGACAGACAGAGCCAAGUUGAUUUUGAUAACCCUAACUAUGAGAAGUUUCCAAAUUUUAAAAAUACUGUUGGGUAUGAAGCUGUUGUGGGACCUGGAGAUGUUCUCUACAUCCCUAUGUAUUGGUGGCAUCACAUCGAGUCAUUGUUGAAUGGUGGAGUGACCAUCACUGUUAACUUCUGGUACAAAGGAGCUCCUACGCCUAAGAAGAUAGAAUACCCUCUGCGAGCUCAUCAGAAGGUUGCUAUCAUGAGGAAUAUAGAGAAGAUGCUUGGAGAAGCACUUGGAGAUCCACAUGAGGUUGGGCCUUUACUAAAAACGAUGAUCAAAGGGAGAUAUGACCAGUGUUUCAGUUAGAGCUCCAAGCCGCUGAACGGACUGCUCCACAAACUGUUUGCAUGUGAAGCGUGUGUGUCUUCAGUACGCUUUCUGUCGUCGGAGCUAAGCAGCAGUGCAUGGCAGCAAUCAGCCAACAUGAAACCAUUCUGCUUCUGUCUCAGAAUGCCACUGUCAUAAUAAUGGUACGGAGUCAGGAAAUGAAUUACACCACUGGGAUUUUAACCAACUCUAAGAGGAUUAUUUUCUUUCCCUUUUUCCCCCCCUUGGAGUGAAGACUUCCACACAUAUUUCCUUGAAUCAGUGUUUCCUUAAGUCUUACAAGUUCCGCUUUGGCCUUAAAUUUUGAUAUUUGUACCUUUGAGGAAGCCUCUGUGUUUUAGAUGAGUAAAAAUUGCUUAUAUAGGUGACAUAAAGAGAUUUCAUAUCUUAAGGGAUGAAUUUUGAAAUCCCAAUAUUCCAUUCGUUUUCACAGAAAAAAAUGUUCUUUAGAAUAACUUUAUCUGCAUUACCGGUAUGUCAGUUCAUACUAAUCUGCAUUCAUUUAUCAACAAGACUCACGAUAAUUAAGAAAGAAUAUAAAAAUCACUCAGUUAUUAGAUGAUAAAGGUAUGAUUUGAGUAUAGCUAAAGGUAUUAAUUAAAAAAAUGCUUUUGUUUGUAUUUGUAUAUUAGAUUUUGUUGAAUUUGCAGCCAAACUAUAAAAGACGGAGCUUUGCAUACAAACGUGACUAGCUGGAAAUCUAACAAAACUACGAUAAGUUUAAUGGAACAAAUGAUAAAUAUUAAAUGCCACCAGUUGAUGAGCUAAUAAGAUCAUCUACUGCUUUGUCGUUGUGCAGCUUAUAGCACCAUCUAGUGGUCAAGUUUUGGAAAAGUUUGUCUUUUCCAUUUUCUUUUUCAGAUUAGAAAUAAAAUAGUUAAGCAACACAAACACAACUUUAAAAGAGCUCCAUUAUAGCCACUUUAAGCUUAUCAAUGAUCAGACAUGCAUUUAUUAGGACUUUUCUUACAUCCGGCAUAAACACUUAUCACCCUGAAAAAUACACCAAGCCUGCCAGCUGGAGACUAAAUUUCCCUCUAAGGCCUCUUAGACAUGUGAUUUUGUUUAUACCUUUCUUUAAACCUUUUCCAGAAGUUUUUUGCAUAUUGCAGAUUAGUUUGAGACAGAAAAAGCAGAAUAAUAUGUGGUUUGCCAAAAACACUAUUUUCUCACCAUGCAAACUUCAGAAAAUAAGUCCCAGCAGAUUUUCAUCCUGUUAAAUAGUGUUUAUAUAUAUUUCUUUAUUAAUUGCACUCUAUUCAAUUUAUUGAGUUUUAAUUCAUCUGUUAGAAAAAUAUACAUCAAAGUGUUUCAAUUUCUAGAUGAAUUGUUUACUGUGUAUUUGCCUGAUAGGAUACAUGACAACAAAGGAAGUUGAUUUGAAACUUUUCUAUAUUAUGGUGAAUGUGUUUGCUUUCACUCUGGAAUUAAAAAGCUUUAAAUCUGAAAGUGUUUCAUUAAUGCUGUUUGGAAUACGGAGUCUUCUGCUGUUUUGGUGAAACAUUUAUUGAGAAAGUUUAUUUGCAGACGGGCAUGUAAGAUCAAACAUCUCCAGGCUUCCUUCAUAAUGUUCUGGACUCCUAAAUUGUUAAACUUUGUUUAAAUAGAACAGUCUGAUACUGAUAGUCCGACACCGAAUAAAGUAUCUGGAUUUACCUCAACCAUUUUAAAUAAAAUAAAAAAAAAUGU